AUGGAGAUAUCUUUAACAUUUUUGCUUUGCUUUGCAAUCGCCAUUGCAUCAGAGACUAGAGAGCCAAAACUUCAAAUAGUUGAAGAUGAAACACUCAAAGAUGAUGAUUGGAUUAUGGUACUACAUUGUAAAUUAUAUAAUCAACCAUCUGAUGAUACAGGUCAUUGUUCUGAUAUCACAUGGACGUAUGAAUCCGAGGACAAAGUUGCUGUUGCAGUGAUGAAUGAUACAGAUUAUUAUCAUGUUCAAAACGACAUGGAGAACAUGACGUCGACAUUGGAGUUGUUGACAUCAGAUUCUACUGAAGAGUUGUAUACUUGUGUUGUCCAAUGUGAAACAAGAACAUUCCAAAUAAACUGCUGGAUUGGUGAACUACAAAAUAUAGAGAGACGUAGUGUGUGUUCUGAGAGAAUAUUCAAUAAUGUUAUUUCCGCAACACAAAUCACACCAAAUGAUGAAGAAGUCGAAGAGAAAAGUGAAGAUCUAAAAAUCGGUGUGUCAGUUAUUUGCAUGCUGGUUGUAGGAAUGGCUCUGACAGUAAUCAUACGAUGUCGAUUGAAAAGACAAGACGCGCUCAAACAUGCCAGAGCUGUUAUUGAGAACGCUAACCAGUGCCUGAUAGAGGCGAGAAAUCGGCCACCAUGUGAAUACCCAAAUAACAGUCAGAGAUCAUCAGUGUCUUUGAUGAUUGAUACACCUAUCUAUAGACCAGUGUCUCAACGCAGUGACAGACCUUCCUUGAGAUCCCACAGGAACCUAGAGAGACUCUAUCGUGAAAAUUCUGCUUCAAGGGCUAGUAGAAAUCGUUUAAUUCUUCAGGAAAUGGCAGAUGGAUCUCAAAUUAUCUUUGUACCGGGAUCCAAACUCCCAUCGUAUGAAGAUUCCCAAAGUUCAAAUCACAGGCUUUCAAUGGAAACAUUUCAACAACCAGCAUUACGUAGAAAUAAUUCAGGAAGAAAUCCUUUUGGUUUCCUCACAUCAAACAAUCGUGACCAAAACUCAGAGAAUGGACAUUUAAGUUCCCCACCUAGUUACACAAGCAUGGCGACAAACGAACCAGAAGAUGAAAAUUCAUCUGGAGAUCUUUGUUCUACGUCUGAAUCGUUCACAGAUGAACUGUGUAUGGACACUACAGAGUUGAAUUCCGAAGUCAACUCUAGCUUAUUACAAACUGACUCAAGAUACCAGCCAACACCUUUGGUAUCUUGUAUGUCGCAAAUUACCACAGGGAACAAUUCUAAUACUGCUGCAAGAAAUGUACAAUCACCUCCACUUUAUGACACUCCUAACAUUGCAAAAUAG